CUGUGUUGGUUCCAGUCAUGUCUGCUAACGGAUAAUAAGUCUGUUUAUAUAUCUGUUAUAUUUAUAUUAUUGUGUUUUUAUAAAUCGUGCUGGUUCUAAGUUUUAUUAGACAGUAGCUGAUAACUUACACGUCUUGUCUCAGAACAUUCGGUGUGUUUUUCUGCGGUUUUAAUGAGUGUUAGAUAUAAACAGUGCAGGUAAAAAUGUCAGCAGUGACUUUAUUUGUGCGGAAUUUACCGACUUCUGCAUCUAAUCAACAACUGGAGGAAAUAUUUUCUGAAAUCGGACCCGUAAAACGCUGCUUUGUGGUGAAAGAUAAAGGAUCAGAAAAAUGCCGUGGAAUAGGAUAUGUCACAUACUCGAUGGCAGAGGACGCACAGCGAGCCAUUCAAGACAUAAAGCAUUACGAUGGAAAAAAAAUAUCUGUCAUUCAGGCCAAGAAGAAAAUCAAUGAUAGAAAGAAAGGAAAAGCUGAAAAAGCUGAGAAAGAAGCUGAGAAACCACCAGAUUCAAAGCCUCAACAGAAAUCACAAGGCAUGAGGAAGAAAAAGUUGAAAGCCAAGCUCAUUGUUAGAAAUCUCAGUUUUAAAUGCUCAGAAGAGGAGCUGAAGCAAAUCUUCUCAAAAUACGGGACUGUUCUGGAAGCUAACAUCCCUUUAAAACCAGACGGAAAGAAACGAGGCUUCGCAUUUGUCCAGUUUAAAAACAUGCUUGAGGCAGGAAAAGCACUCGCCGCCACCAACCUAAAAGAAAUUAAAGACAGAAAGGUAGCUGUAGACUGGGCUGUCUCAAAGGAUAAGUUCUUGGCCAACCAGUCAGGAUUGGCUGCAGGAAGUAAAAAAGAUGAAAGAACGAAUGCAACUGAGGCCGAUGAGGAGACGGAUGAAGAAGAGUCUCCAGAGGAACAUGAAUCUGGCACCAACUCACAGUCGGAGGAGGAGGAGGACGACGACGAUGAUGAUGGUGACGAUGGCGACGAUGAAGAAGAUAAGGAAUCUCAAGAAGCAGACAGUGAUAGCAGCUUGUCUGCAUCAGACGAGGAUGACGACGAUGAGGAUGACGACGAUGAGGAUGACGACGAUGGCGAUGUUAGUGACGAGGACACGGAUAAGAAGAAUAAAGCUAAAAAGAAACAAAACUUACUUCCUUCAGAUGUGAAUGAGGGAAAAACUUUAUUUAUCAGAAACCUGUCUUUUGAUUCAGAAGAGGAAGGAUUAGAGGAAGUUCUCCUGCAGUUUGGUGAACUUAGAUAUGUGCGUGUUGUGGUUCAUCCUGAGACGGGCCUCCCCAAAGGUUGUGCUUUUGCUCAGUUUAAAUCAAAAGAAGCAGCGGAGAAAUGUCUAGCAGCAGCACAGGAUGAAUCGGAAACCGGAGGUGUGAGGGUGGAUGGAAGGAAGCUGAAUAUCAUGUUGGCAGUAAGCAAAGAAGAUGCAGUCAAACUCAAGACCAAGGAAGUAAAAACCCAUAAAGGUUCCAGGAACCUUUACCUUGCCAGAGAAGGAUUGAUUCGAGCUGGAACCAAGGCAGCAGAAGGAGUCUCCGACUCUGAUAUGGCCAAGAGGACAAGGUUUGAAGAACUAAAGAGGGCAAAGCUGAAGAACGUCAACGUGUUUGUGUCUCGAACGCGACUGUGCAUUCAUAACCUGCCGAAGAGCGUAGAUCGCUCCCGUCUUUCUAAACUGUGCCUGACUGCUGCGGGGGGAGACAAGCGGGUCCGCAUCAAGGAGUGUCACGUGAUGUAUGACAGGAAGCCUGUACGCGGUGAGCCCAUGGGUCAUUCACUCGGGUACGGCUUUGUGGAGUUUCAGGAUCACGAGCAUGCCCUUCAAGCCCUGCGUCGCCUAAACAACAAUCCGACCAUCUUUGGUGCCAUCAAGAGACCCAUCGUGGAGUUCUCACUGGAGGAUGGGAGGAAGUUAAAGUUGAAGGCAAUGAGACUGGAGAAGAGCAAAGUGAAAACUGUUGCUAAAUCUGGAGGUGAAAAGGUCCUGGGUUCGAUUCUCAGGUGGAGCAGUCCGGGUCCUUUCUGUGUGGAGUUUGCAUGUUCUCCCUGUGUCUGUGUGGGUUUCCUCCGGGAGCUCCGGUUUCCUCCCACAGUACAAAGACGUAAACAAGUGAAUAAGAACAGCAAUCAGAAGGAAGGAAACUCAGAGUCUCAGCAGAAAUCUCCUAAAAAGAAUAAAGCUGCAGUUCAGCAGCCCAACAGAUCUGGCAACAGCAGUGAACAAACGCCAAGCGGCCAUUACUCAGGCUUCAGGACCACACCAGAAGUGGAGCAUGUGGAGCUGCAGGAUGGCAAAAAACGCCAAAAGGUUCUUCCCAUGCCCUCACACAAAGGUCCUAAAAUCAGGCAACGGGAUAAAGGAAAGCAGUUGGUCCCGGCCAAGAAAAUAAAGACGGUACCCAGCAGGAAGGAGAAAAAAAUCGUCUCUAUGGAGAAGCCAAACCAAAAUAAGAAACAGGGUGCCAAACCAGUCAAGAGAAAGUUCCAGAGUAAAGAGGACGAUCACUUUGAGCGCCUGGUUGAGCAGUACAAGAAGAAACUUACCGGCGGUUCGAACUCUAAUAACAUGGUCAUCAAAAAGACUAAAUGGUUCAGUUGAUUGUGUAUAUAAUGUUCUGAGUGAGGGCACAUCAGAGAUGGACUGAAUUUUAAUUGUUUUUUUUUCUGUCACAAGAACAUUUCUGUGAAUGUUUGGGUGUUUGAAGAUUGAAGAGUCUGUUUUUUUUUUCUAAUGGAAACUUCCCUUUUCUUUCUGUUAUAUUACCAGAGAGACCAGAAUACACCUGCCUAAUCAAAGUGGCAAAUAAAUAUUUAAGUAAAAAAUUAUUGUUCAUAUUGCUUUUUUAAAAGUUUUUCCUCGGCGCUCGGGUGGCACAGCGGUAACAACACUAGUCCACCACUGCUGAGAUCUCAAGUUGGAAUGAGUUUGACAUGAUUGGCUGUGGCUGAGGGAGGGAAAUUAUGCUGCAAUUACGACUUCUACUGGCUGGUCGAUGGUGCCUGCACAGAGAAUGGAGAUCACUGAGUCUUCAGUCAGCACUACAGGAGAGAUACAACUGGGGAAUUGGAUAUGACUAGAUUAGGAAAAAAAAGGAAAAUAUGCAUAAAUAGGAUUUUAAAAAGUCCCACCCACCCAUUGCAUUAUAUGGUAAAUAUUAAUACAGCAAUGGGUUUAGAAAUCAGAAUUGGAGCAUGGUAAGUCAAUAAGUUACUAGCUAAAUGCUUCAAUAGACCAAAUAUUGUGGUCACUUCAUACUGUCUGGUUAUAAAAAUGUGUCAAGAGGCAAAUCCCAGUGAAAUAAAAAGGCAGAACGCUUAUCGCCUUGUUCUAGUCCUUAUACUUUUAUUUUUUAGUCCUAGCAUGUAACUAUAUUCUGUCGCACUAAAAUUUGGGAGGAAAAACAGUGGCUUAAUGGUUUUAAAUGUUCUGUUCCAUGUUCAUGUAAUAUUUUCAUAAGAUUAGUAACAAUUAGUAGAUAAUAGUUUAUUUCACAUAAACUUAAAACAUGUUACUGAGGUCCCAAUUGUAACAUCCUAUAUUCCAAAGUUUCAUGUUGCAACAUUCUAAAUCCAGAAAUGGGGCGGCACGGUGGCUCAGUGGGUGGCACUGUCGCCUCACAGCAAGAAGGUCCUGGGUUUGAUCCCCAGGUACAGCAGUCCGGGUCCUUUCUGUGUGGAGUUUGCAUGUUCUCCCCAUGUCUGCGGGAGCUCCAGUUUUCAGUCCAAAGACGUGCAAGAGAGGUGAAUUGGAGAUGCAAAAUUGUCCAUGACUGUGUUUGACAUUAAACUUGAACUGAUGAAUGUUGUGUAACCAGUAAUUAAACAAAGUGUGUAAAACAAAGUGUGUAAAACAUGAUGUUGAAAUCCUAAUAAAUAAAUAA